UCAAAUAUUUUGUGACAGAACCGAAGUUUUAUGACAACAUAUAAGCAAAAGCUCUGCUCACGGCCAAUGGAUUCAUCGAAGACUUUUUAGUAGGAGUUGACUCUGUUCUACUCGCCUUCUAAAUCUUCGUUUUGUUUCCUCCCCUUCGGUUUAUCCUUUUAUUUAGGAAUCACAAAAAAAUUGUAAGGAUAUUUUCGUCAAUUUAGUUUUUUUUUUCUUUUAUCUAUUCAAUUUUCUUUUAUAUUAUAAAGAGAAGCACGCACCACGCGGUCACUUGUUCCUCCUCUCGGGUCUAUGCCUUCGGCGGCGAGGUUCCUCCUAACGAGCUCCGAACAUGUGCCGCCGUCUCCGCCGCCGGAGCCGCUCUCAGUCGACAUAGACUUGGUGGUGAUCCUCGCCGCCCUUCUCUGCGCCGUGGUCUCCGUCACCGGGCUCGCCCUCGUUGCCCGCUGCGCCAGCUCCCGGCGCUCCCCUGGCGGCGGACGCCCGCAGGCGCCGCCAGACAAGGGCCUCAAGAAGAAGGCCUUGCGGGCGCUGCCGAGGGUGGCCUACGCAGCCGGCAGCGAGGGCCCGGCGGAGUGCCCGAUCUGCCUGGCGGAGUUCGAGGAGGGGGACGAGCUCCGGGAGCUGCCGCAGUGCGGCCACGGGUUCCACGUCGGGUGCGUCGAUGCGUGGCUCGCCUCCCACCCGAGCUGCCCAUCCUGCCGCCGGGCGCUCGUCGUCGCCGCACCACCGUCCAGGUGACGGGUGCGGUGCGACCUCCGUCGACGUCGCCACGGCGGCGGCGAGGGGAGACGGUGACGCCAGCGUGUUUGGAUGGAGGAUCGCUUUCUGCUUGUCCUAAGCGAGUUUGGAGUGACUACUUACUUGUAUUAUGUAAAUUGGAAGUAGGAUCGUGUAAAAAGAACAGAAAUUAAGGAAAAAAUCUCCCCAAAAAAAUCAACUGUUUUGAUUCAUGAAACGCAAGUGGUGGCUGAUGGCGACGGACAAGUUUUGGAUAUCGUGGGUCCGUCUCCUGUUGUGGAUCAAAUGUUUCGACUACCUCGAAAUCUCGGAUAAGGAUCGAACAUAUGGACAUUAUUCCUUAUCGAACUCGGCACGCCUCUCGUCAGGGGAU